AUGUCUUCAUCUAUACCAGGAACUACCUGUCAGGUGUCCAACUACAUCAGUUCAGAUAUAUCCAGUGGGACCAAGCAGUGGUCGACCCCAGUGGUUCUUCCACAGUCUCUGGACGGCGGCUCUUCAUCUGGCCCUUCCUCUGGGUCUUCAUCUGGCCCCUCCUCUGGCCCCUCCUCUGACCCCUCAUCUGGUCCCUCCUCUGGUCCCUCCUCUGGCCCCUCCUCUGGCCCCUCCUCUGGUCCCUCCUCUGGUCCCUCCUCUGGCCCCUCCUCUGGCCCCUCAUCUGGCCCCUCAUCUGGUCCCUCCUCUGGCACCUCAUCUGGUCCCUCCUCUGGCCCCUCAUCUGGUCCCUCCUCUGGCACCUCAUCUGGUCCCUCCUCUGGCCCCUCUGGCCCCUCCUCUGGCCCCUCCUCUAGCCCCUAUGAGGGAGGAGGCAGCUGCCCCUACAGCAACCAGCAACGUAGCAGCAGCUCAGAGGCACUACUGGACCGGACCACAUCCUGCAACGAGGGUCAAGUUCAGGGUCAAAGGUCAAGAGGCAUGCCCUUCAGAGGGGGACCCCCGUACAAGAGUUCCGAGGCGCUGACGGACGGUCAUCUGAGGCAGCUGAACGUCCAGAAGUCCAGCCCAGAGAGACAGCUGGUGAACGGACACGGGGUGGAGCACAACAGGCUGGUUGGUCGAGUGUCUGUAGGGGUGGGGGGUCGGGGACGAGGAGACAGAGGAGGUUACGGUGAUAUCCUGAUGGACUAUGUGUGGUGGAAGCAACAGAGGCAGGUUGAACAAGUCCACGGCAAUGGGAAGUUCCCCUCCUCUGUCCCUGCAUCUUCUCUUUCUCACUUCAAUGGUUACCCCCACCAUCACCCCCAGCCGCAGGGGCAUCUCUCAGGACCCCAGCCCCUGCAUCUCUCCGAGGGAUCUCCAGCCUACAGAAGUCCCCUGAUGCUCCGGGGGAAGCCUGGCGAGCCACGUCGGGUCAAGGUGACCCGCACCAAGUCCUGUGGUCCCUUCAUUCCCCUCCAGCAACACCAGCAGGAGGCUGUUCUCUCCUCCUCCUCCUCCUGCUCCUUUGAUCCUCCUCUCCCUCCCUCCUCCUCCUCCUCAACCGGGACCUCCACAGCUGCCCUGUACCCUCACCAGGGAUUUGGGGUUGAUUCCCACCAGCACCAGUUGGGUUCUGGAUUAGGACCCAGUCCCGAUCUCAACCACAACCACCGUCCGAGACCACCCCUGUACUCUGACUCCAUCACCCCAGACGACCCCACCCGUAGCCUGCACAAGGCCCUGGCUCUGGAGGGCCUGAGGGACUGGUACCUGAGGAAUACCCUGGGGGGGUUGGAAGCGGGGGUGGGGGGGAAGGUACGUACCACAAACUCCCUGCACGAGUCACACCCUCACCAGCUCCCACACCAGCCCCAGGCCUACCAGGAAGACUACCAUCCUUGCCAACUGCCACAGUCACAGACCUUCCAGGGACAUCCACUACAUGGCAGGUCUGUAGAGUUGUCUCCGUACCAAGACCUCUUCCCAUCCCAGAUGCAGGAGCUGACCCUGAAAGAACACAGAUAACACAACAAACAUGUUACUGACUUAUUAGUGCCAGGCACAUCAACAGAUUUUUCACAUAGUCGUCUCAGAGACUGGCCCAAACCGUUCUUAACCGCUAGGCUACCUGUAUGGAAGACAUUUAUUUACACAAUAUUUAAUUUGUCUUUUUUCUGCACAUUUUUGGGAGACAUUAACAAGGUGGGAUCUGUUUGUGUCUGUAAAAUGUUGGUGGAAACGCCUUUAUGAUCAAAUAUUGAUGUAACAACCAUCAUAUUG